UGCUCUCCCGUGUGGCUCGCUGUGCCAGUCGCGGGAGUGGGGAGCCGGAAGCAUGGGCGCGUGGCUGGAGCUGGGGGCCGCGGCGCGUGGCUCGCUGCUGCUGUGCGCCGCGCUGCUGGUCGUGGGCUGCGCGAUGGGCCUGAGCCUGGGCCGCGGGCGGGGGGCGGCGGACCGCGGGGCGCUCGCCUGGCUCUGCUACGACGCCCUGGUGCACUUCGCACUGGAAGGCCCUUUUGUCUAUUUGUCUUUCAUAGGAAACAUCGCAGAUUCUGAUGGUUUGAUUGCCUCGUUGUGGAAAAGAUGGCUGAAUUUUGACCCAACCAUUGUGUCUUUGGAAAUUCUGACUGUGGUCCUGGAUGGGUCCCUGGCAUUGAUCCUCAUUUACGCCAUAGUCAAAGAGAAAUAUUAUCGGCAUUUCGUGCAGAUCACCCUGUGCGUGUGUGAAUUGUAUGGCGGCUGGAUGACCUUCUUUCCAGACUGGCUAAUGGGAAGCCCCAACCUCAACACCAGGAAUUGGCUCUACUUUUGGGUCUAUCUGGUAUUUUUCAAUAGUGUGUGGGUUCUGUUCCCAGGGCUGUUACUGUGGCAGUCAUGGGUAGAACUCAAGAAAAUGUAUCACAAAGGAACCAGUUUAGGGAAGAAGUUUCAGUGACUUUUCAAAAUCAUAAACAUUAUCUUGCUUUAUGAGCCAGAAUGGAUCAAAUCUUUUUGUUUGGCCAAAUUUUUAUACAUUCCCACCUAUACUUUCUUUUUAUAUUCCUGAACAACCUACUUCAAAUUGAUUGUAAGGUAACAAGAUUUCAUUGCUGUUGUUUCUCUAAUUAAAUGGCAAUAUAGGGAACAGAAAUAAAUUUUAAUUUGUAAUAAUAAUUUAACUUGUAAUAUUAACAUUUAAUUAUAAAUUUUUAUGGCUACUAUUAAUUGUUCUACAUUAAUAAAGCCAAUUAUCAUAAAAUACUAUAAGGCAUGUUAUACUCAUUUUUUUAUUACAAAGAAUAUGUUGUUUACUUGAACGUUUAAUCUUUUCAUUGGUCUUUUCAUUACCAAAGUGAAACCAGAAAUAAAAUGAAUGCUUCUAUUUUA